AAACCAAAAUUCUUUUUAUUAUAAAUCAUACGUUCCAUGUCAACUAUAUCGCCGAUACAUGGAAAUGUAAACCGAGGGUCUUCUCCAGUUACCUCGGAAUCUAUACGUGUAUUUUUAUCCAAUAUUUCCGAUAAAAAUAUUUUAGAAAAUAUAUUUAAAAGAAGUGUAUCAUCAAUCAAUAGUCUUGAAAAAGCCCUUCUAGACGAACGACAUCGAACAGAAAAGCUUCUUUAUGAAAAACGUCAUCUAGAAAUUUUACUUGCGAAAAAUCAUAGAAGAAGAAAAACACACCAACUACGUCAAGGCGCUGUUCGCGUGGCUCAAAAAGUCGUUAAUGCUACAGAGUACUACGCAACGUCUCUCAGUAAUGCUGCUGCAACCUCAUUGGACAACUUAACUCAGUCAAAUGCAUGGAGUAUAAUAUCAGGCUGGGAGAAAUCUUCAGACGAGAGUAGACACGAUAUCAACAAUGAGAAAAAAUUAGUGAAUUCCAACACAGAAAUUCAAAAAGACCCUAUCGUUGAUAUUAAGCAGAAUUUCAUAAAACCUAGCCAUGGUUAUGGUAUUUCAAACAAACCAUAUACUGAAGUUCAGAUAAAUUGUUCAACCGGGACUUCACCAAUAGAAAUUAUUGAAAAAUUGGAUCGAGAGAGGCCACACCUGAAACAUAUCAAUGAAUCCGAAACGUCGCAAAAUAAAGCGAUUGUAAUCAUGGAUGUCACAUUCAAGUUAGAAUCCCCAGAAUACAAACAAGAAAUAAAACCUUUAAAAAUUCAUGCUGUUGAAACAAUACAAGAUUCAAUAGAAGAAUGGGCGAAAACAAGCCCAAUAACUUUUGAUCAAAAAAAAAAAUUGAUUGCACGUUUGGAGCUUGAAGAAGAAAACGCUACGACGUUUCCCGCUUGUAUUACAAUAACGGAUAGUGACCUUUUCUAAUUCUUAAAUAAUGUUGACUUCAAAGAAAUUAUAGUUGUUUUUAAUAAUUAUUUUGAAACUGUAUUCCGUUGUAUUUAUUUUUCCCUUGUAACUCAUCCCAUAUGAUGAUCUUUACUCAAGCCUUAUAUCCUUCAUAAAAAAAAAUUGUUAUUAGCCAAAUCGUUAAACGAAAGUGACAUAGGUAUACCUUUUUUGUGAUACGUUGUUCAACUGUUCAAAUUUAUGUGGAUUUACUACAUGUUUUGUGCUCCUUGCUUUUUCAUUUUUGCGUUUGCUCGCUCCUAAACUGUUCUGUUGAUUUUUCUAUAAAAAAAAAGUCCAAGCCAAAAAAAAAAUUAUUUAC